AGGCACCCCCCAGCCCCCCUCCCUUCUCCCCAUCAGGGCCAUUUCCCAGGACCGCAGUGGUCCGGAGGCUCCCUCGGCUCCCAAUCAGUCCUCCUCCUCCGCCAUCCUUCCCUCCCCCCGCCUGCCGCGGCACGGGUAUCCGCAGCCACAAGCUCGGAGCCGGUGAGGCUGCGAAGAAGGGGGGAGGGGGAGGAAUCAAGGGAUGAGCGCCGGGAGGGCGUCGGGGGCCCUGAGCCGGACUAGGACGCCCCUGGAACGGGAACCCGAGCCGGAGCCGGAGCCAGAACCAGAUCAUCGGUACCGGCUGCAGCCCCCUAAACCCAGGAAGCGCCCUGGCCCGCGCUCGCCCCCCAGGGCCUCAUGUCGGAACCACAGCCUGACCUGGAGCCGCCCCAACAUGGGCUGUACAUGCUCUUCCUGCUUGUGCUGGUCUUCUUCCUCAUGGGCCUUGUAGGCUUCAUGAUCUGCCACGUGCUAAAGAAGAAAGGCUACCGCUGUCGCACGUCCAGGGGCUCAGAGCCUGACGACGCCCAGCUCCAGCUCCCUGAGGACGAUGAUGUGAAUGAGGACACGGUAGAGAGGAUUGUUCGCUGCAUCAUCCAAAAUGAAGCCAAUGCUGAGGCCUUGAAGGAGAUGCUGGGGGACAGUGAAGGAGAAGGGACAGUACAGCUGUCCAGCGUGGAUGCCACCUCCAGCCUGCAGGAUGGAGCGCCCUCCCAUCAUCACACCGUGCAUCUGGGCUCAUCAGCCCCUUGCAUCCAUUGCAGCCGUGGCAAGAGGCCCCCGCUUGUCCGACAGGGACGCUCUAAGGAAGGAAAAAGCCGCCCCCGGACUGGGGAGACCACUGUGUUCUCAGUGGGAAGAUUCCGAGUGACACACAUUGAGAAGCGUUAUGGGCUACAUGAGCAUCGUGAUGGUUCCCCCACGGACAGAAGCUGGGGCUCUGGUGGGGGGCAGGAUCCAGGGGGUGGUCAAGGGUCUGGAGGGCAAUCCAGGACAGAGCUGCCUGCUGUUGAGAGGUUGCCCCCUGAGGAGCCCCAGGAUCUAGCCAGUCCCCUGGUGCAGAAUGGAGGACUCAGGGAUACCAACCUAGUCCCUUCUGCACUUGAGGGGAACCCUGGAGCCUCUGCAGAACCAACACCAGGGGCCAGAGGGAGGGGCCCAAGCUCAGGGAUGCCUAGUCAAGGAGCAAAUGGAGAGCCAAGCAAACUGGACACCUCAGAUCUGCAGGUGUCUCCACCACAGGGACCAGGGGGCUUGUGAGCCUCAUUCUUCAUUGUGCUGAUGGACUGACUACCAACUGGCAGGACCAGGGGGUGGAUGGUCAUGAAGACCCUCCCCUC